CUAAGCUUGUGGGACGCACAUGUGGGCAGGUAGACCCGAGAGCCCCCGGCGGGGCUUGGCACCCGUUACGCAAUCUGAUGACCUCUUUGUCCGAAGGCUCCGACAGCCGGCCCGGCCGGCCCUGACCCCUCACACCUUUGAGCCCAGGGGGCCCGGUGGGGCUGGGGGGCCGCUGCUUCGGAGUGGUAGCGAUGCUGGUGAGGCCCGGCCCUUGCCCGCAGCAAGCCCCCGUGCCCGAGCCCAUAGCAAUGAGGAGGGAGGCCGUGGAGUCACACCCGCCCGCCUCUUCGCCGACCCCCUAGCUUUGCUGGGCCUGCCGCCGGAGGGGGAGCCGCCCCCCGAGUUCCCCCCUGUCCCAGAGCCCCGCUGGUUUGCACACUAUGAUGUCCAGAGCCUUCUCUUUGACUGGGGAACUGGGGCCAGGGACCCACCCCCCGAUACUCCUCCCACCCCUGGCCCCGCUCAAGCCUCUGGCUCGGACCUGCUUCUGGGGGCACCUGGCUUCCUGAGCGAGGUUGGGGGGGAAGGUGAGCUGGGUCUUGGGGGGCUGCUGCCCCCUGCACUGCCCCCCAAGCUGCCCAAUGCUGCCAUCUCCAUCCUGGAAGAGCCCCAGAAUCGUUCUGAGCCCCACAGCUUAGAGCAUACUGACUCAGGGGCUGGAUACUACCGCAAAUACUUCUAUGGCAAAGAACAUCAGAACUUCUUUGGGGUAGAUGAGACCCUGGGCCCUGUGGCUGUGAGCAUCCGUCGGGAGGAGAAGGAGGGCAGUGGCUCAGCCAGCCCACAGCACAGCUAUCGCCUCAUUAUUAGGACCACUCAGCUGCAGACCCUGCGAGGCUCCAUCUCUGAAGAGGUCCUGCCACCCGGCCCGCCCCGAGGCCUGUCCCCAAAAAAACUCCUGGAGCAUGUGGCCCCCCGGCUGAGCCCCACCUGCCUGCGCCUGGCCUCCGCCUCCCCCAAGGUGCCUCGGACCCUCCUCACCCUGGAUGAGCAGGAGCUCAGUCCCCAGCGCAAGGUGGGCAUUCUCUACUGCCGGGCGGGCCAGGCAACAGAAGAAGAAAUGUACAACAAUGAAGAAGCCGGCCCGGCCUUCACCCAGUUCCUCAGCCUCUUGGGGGACGUCGUGAAGCUCAAAGGCUUUGAGCAUUACCGGGCCCAGCUGGACAUCAAGACGGACUCCACGGGGACACACUCUGUCUACACCACCUACCAAGACCACGAGAUCAUGUUCCAUGUCUCCACCAUGUUGCCUUACACCCCCAACAACCAGCAGCAGCUCCUUCGGAAAAGACAUAUUGGCAAUGACAUUGUGACGAUCAUCUUCCAGGAGCCCGGGGCCCUACCCUUCUGCCCCAGCACCAUCCGAUCUCACUUUCAGCAUGUCUUCCUGGUGGUCCGGGCCCACGCUCCCUGCACCCCCCACACCUCCUACAGCGUGGCCGUGAGCCGGACCCAGGACACCCCAGCCUUCGGCCCUGCCCUCCCCCCUGGCGGGGGGCCCUUCCCAGCCUCCCCGGCCUUCCGGGCCUUGCUGCUGGCCAAAGCUCUCAAUGGCGAGCAGGCCGCCAGCCGGGCCCGCAAGUUUCACGCGAUGGCCACGCGCACCCGGCGGGACUACCUUCUGGAGCUGGCCACCAAUGAGGUGACCACAACCUCUCUGGACUCAGCCUCCCGCUUCGGCCUGCCCUCCUUGGGGGCUCGCAGACGCGAGCGGCCCCGGGGCCCAGGCGGCGAGCUGCAGACGCAGGGGGCCCUGGUAUGGGGGGUGCGGGCCGCGCCGGGGGGUGAGGACGGGGCGGCUGAAGUCCCCUGCCUGCUGGGGAUCUCGGCUGAGACGCUGGUGCUGGUGACUCCCCGCGAUGGCCGUGUCAUCUUCAACUGCGCCUGCCGAGACAUACUGGCCUGGACUUUUUCUGACCAUCAGCUGGACCUGUACCACGGACGAGGGGAGGUGCUGACCUUGCGGGUGGGCGGUGCCGCUGGUGAGGCUGUGGGGGAGAUCGUGGCCAGGCUGCAGCUGGUGAGCCGAGGCUGUGAAAGCCGGGAGCUGGCCCUGCCCCGUGAUGGCCAGGGCCGGCUGGGCUUUGAGGCAGACGACGAGGGCUUCGUGAACCAGGUGGAGCGGUUCACUUUCGCCGAGACUGCUGGGCUGAGGCCUGGGGCUCGACUCUUGAGGAUAUGCGGCCGCCCCCUCCCGCGCCUGGGUCCUGGGGCUGCCGCUGCCCUCUUGCGCUCGGCGCCCAAGGUCUGCGUCACCUUCCUGCUUCCUGACGAGAGUGGCCGGCCCCGAAGGAGUUUUUCUGAGCUCUAUGAGAUGUCGCUGCAGGAGCCUAGCCGGCGGGGGCUCCCAGGGCCGGGCCCUGAGGGGUCCCCAGGGGCUGGUCUGUGCCCAGCCACAGUUCAGAUACUGCAUACGCUGAGCCUGCAGGACGGCUCCCCAGUGCCCAGCCCCCCUCCGGGUCUGCCUGAGGAGAGGACCGAGUUUCUGCACAGUCAGAGCGAUCCGUCUCCCCAAAGCUCCCCGUCUGAUGGGGCCCCGGUCUUGCCAGAUGCCACCCCAGACCUCCUCUUGGUGGCCACCCCUAAGCCCCCCCAACCUGGCCAGGCUGGGGGUGAGACUUCAGACCAGGCUGUCCCUGACGCUGCCCUGGGACAAGAGGCCAUGGAGAACCCGGCGCCGCUGCCGAGAGAGCUCAGUGACUCCUUCCUGCCCCGGACCCUCUCCCUGAGGAAUUCCAUAAGCAAGAUACUGUCUGAGGCUGGAAACGAGCCCCUCGAAGAGGAGUGGAAAUCCAUCUCAGAGAUCGCCUCUACCUGUAACAUCAUCCUGGAGGCACUGUCCCGGGAGGGCCAGCAGCUGCCAGAAGGUGGAGACCCCAGGGAAGUCACCAAAGCUGAGCCCGACUCAUCCUCUGGAAGCUUGUCUGAGAAGGUGUCCCACCUGGAGGCUAUGCUGAAGAAGCUUCAGGACGACCUGCAGAAGGAGAAGGCCGACAAGGCCGCCCUGCAGGAAGAGGUUCGCAAUCUUCGACAUAAUAACCGGCGCCUCCAGGCUGAGUCCCAGAGUGCUGCUGCCCGCCUGCUUAGGGCCUCCCAGCAGCUGGGAACCCCGGGCCCCUGAGCCCCACUCCCCCAACGGGCAGAAGUCACAGCACACCGAAGAAUCAGAGCUGCCCCGGGUCCUCUCCUGCCUCCACCUGCCUCCCCACCGCCGUGGAGGGCCGCUCCAGCCGGACAGUCCGUCCCCACCCCACGGAGGGCCGCUGCAGCCAUCCCCACUGCCAAGGAGGGCCGCCAGUCCUUCCCCACCACCAUGGAGGGGUGCUCCAGCUGGACAGUCCUUCCCCACCACCAUGGAGGGCCGCUCCAGCCAUCCCCACCGCCAAGGAGGGCCGCCAGUCCUUCCCCGCCCCACGGAGGGCCGCUCCAGCCAGACAGUCCUUCCCCGCCCCACGGAGGGCCGCUCCAGCCAGACAGUCCUUCCCCGCCCCACGGAGGGCCGCUCCAGCCAGACAGUCCGUCUGCACCCCAUGGAGGGCCGCUUCAGCCAUCCCCACCGCCAAGGAGGGCCGCCAGUCCUUCCCCACCCAACGGAGGGCCGCUCCAGCCGGACAGUUCGUCUCCAUCUGGCAUGAGAGGGGAGAGGAUGUACCCUCAUUUUUUGGAAUGGCGCAAUCCCUUGUGUACUUUGGGAUAAAAGGACCCCCCCCAAAUCUCCUGGCCCUUCUCAAGAACCUCCUAGGCCUGGCUUCUUCAACCCCUCUGUAAAUAUUUGGCAGAGGCGUCCUUGGCAUGAAAAAGUAAAGAACAUACAUGAGA